CCUUCGGUAGCCGUUUCCGGAUGCCGGUUCUUGACAAGCUGCGGGUCUUUCUUGUCGCGCUAGUCAAAGCGCUGCUCAUCCUUCUCAAGGACUUGACUUGACUGUUCUCUCCGCUUCAGUCCACUGUCACUAGUCAGUCUACUAGGGGCUGCGGAAAGCGAGCUCCGGGGAGCCACCAUAGAGAUGCGGUCCUCCACCCGCCCAGCCCGCCGCUCCCCGAGUGCGGGCUAGAGCGCCUACGUCACUUUCAGUCGCCUCGAGCUGGGAAAGAGCGCCCGCUCCUGAGGAGAACGCCGCGGCGCCUGUAGGAGGCGUGAGACUGGGCGGCGUGAUCUGGGUUCUCUGUGAACCUGAGGAGAAAGUGCGGGGAGCUGUCGGGUUCUGUCCCCACUUCCCCCGCUGGGCAGCUGCGAGUGCGCGCCCGGAGCCUUGGCUCCAGGAGCUGGGGAGCGUCUGAGAGACGGAGAGGGGCUCCGCGGAGGGCCUGAGGAGAAAGCUGACUUGACAGCUGCGGGUCACCGGCGGAGCAGCGAGACAGGCCCGCCCACAGGCGCAUCCCCGGCCCCCGGCGGCUCUCGAAGAUGGCCAGCUAUUCCACCGCUCCCAGCCCCGUGCAGACCCUCCAGGAGGAGGCGGUGUGCGCCAUCUGCCUCGACUACUUCACGGACCCCGUGUCCAUCGGCUGCGGGCACAACUUCUGCCGGGGCUGUGUGACCCAGCUGUGGGGCAAGGAGGACGAGGAGGACCGGGAAGAGGACGACGACGAUUGGGAGGAAGAGGACGACGACGCGGCGGCGGGGGCCAUGGGCGGAUGGGGCAACAGCAUUCGGGAGGUGCUGUACCAGGGGGACGACGACGACGACGACGAGGAGCUGUUCCAGGACCCGGAGGACGACGAGCCCUGGGCCGGCCACGGUGGCGCCAGGAGCUGGGACGGCACGAGCUACGCGUGGGACCAAGAGGAAGACGACGACGACGACGACGAGUACGACGAUCAGCACUAUUACUUCGGAGGCUGGAGACACAACCUGAGAAUCGACGUCUACCGGGCAGAGGAGGUGCCGGAGUACGACGGGGACGGGGACGACGACGAGGAGGAGGAGGACGAGGAGCUGUACCCCGACGACACCCACCUGCCGCCGCCGCCUGCCCCGCGGCGACAGUUCACCUGCCCCCAGUGCCGCAAGAGCUUCAGCCGCCGCAGCUUUCGCCCCAACUUGCAGCUGGCCAACAUGGUGCAGGUCAUCCGCCAGAUGUGCCCCGCGUCUUACAGGGGGGGCCGGGGGAACGACCGGGACAUCUGCUCCAAACACCAGGAAGCCCUGAAACUCUUCUGCGAGGUGGACAAAGAGGCCAUCUGCGUCGUGUGCCGGGAGUCCAGGAGCCACAAGCAGCACAGCGUGGUGCCCAUGGAAGAGGCGGUGCAGGACCCCAAGACUUCAUCUUGACUCUUCAAGCUAGAAUCAGAGGAUUGUGAAACUAAGAUCGUUUAGAUCUGACCAAGGAAUGGCAUCAGGCUUUAAGCUUUAGGUGGCAGAUGGGUAUAUAAAGAGAAAAAUGAACAACAACAAAAAUCUCAUUUGUGGGGGCGCAGGCAUAACUGGAUGCCUUCAUUGCCCUGCCACCCAUCUGCUGCUAAUAAAAUCAUUCAUCGCUCUGCAGAAGGGACCAGAUGCUUCCAUCAUCAGUACCCCUUGCUUGUCUUUUUCCUCCUUUGACAUAGCCAAAAAUUUUGGGUAUAUAUUCAUUGUAUUCCUGCAGGAAAUAGGGGCCAACUUUCUCAAUUCUCUGAAAGUGUUGGGCAGUGAUACCAUGUCAAACACUUAAAGUUAUGCCGUUAAAAACAGUGGAUUAUUUUUCUGCAAAGCACAAUUUUCUCCAACUUCAUGACUGAACAAACCUUAUUGGACUAUUAACAGGGAGCUUCAAAGGACAUGAAAGCUAAAUAUUAAAUAACCCUUUUAAUUGUAAAGGAGAAAAAACAAGAAGCUUGUGAGACCUUGCUUUCCGAGUUCUGCCACAACUUUCAGAGGAUUGAGGAAUUCCAGGAUUUCUUCAUCUAUUUCUGGUCUACACUGAUGACUGAGCAUAUAUCAAACUUUGAAUUUUAAAAAACAUUACCUCAAAAUCCUUACCUACCAGUUGACGUCAAUCUACUGCUAAAGAAAACUGCCUGUGUUGCAUAUAUUCUAAAUAAGGAUUUUAAAAACUGGGUGUGAUGUCUUCAUGAGCCUUGAACUUGACCAAUAAAGAUGAUAUUUUUGAAACUAUUGAAUGUACUGAGUUGGGGGGGAAAUUUAUAGGAGUAUAUGUUGUGAUGAUACAGCAACACCAUGUUUUAGAUCUGGAUUUCUGCAAAGAACUGAAGAAAAUUGGAGUUCAAGAUGUACUACACCAGUCACCACCAAGCACCAGCAUCCAUGGAUCUGCUCAUAAUCUACCUUGAGUCUUCAACCUUACUGUCAGUAUAAACCAUUGUGAAAAUUCAUAUAUUUGGUCCCAGUUACCUUAGGUUUUAAAGAUCUUAAUAUCAUUCAGUGUUUUCUGUUGCAUUUUGAGGCUCCUUGGUUGUCAGAGAAUUAAAUUCAGCUGAAUUUAUAGACAUAAGAACUGUUAUAAGUAUACCACCAAGAAAGGAAUGUAUACUUUAAACUUCCAAAGAUAAAAAUGCCCACCAGAAUUCUACACUGAAGCUUAAAAUAAGUUGACUCUGCAAUUUCAAGGGGCAAACACCAAUGUUGCUAUGAAAUACUUUAAACAGAACCUGUCAAAAAUAGAGCCAUGGUUAGCAAACUUGUGCUGAAAUGUUUCAUUUUCUUGGCCCAGUCUUUCAAAGAUCAGAUUCAUUAUUAUUUCAAGGAAUUUUCUAGAACUAUAUUCGGUGAUAGGUUCUUGACCUUGUUAAAACUUACUUGUAGUAAUGUUUGGAAAGACUGUUUGAUACUGUUGUUCAGUCCUCACUGGAAGAACUUAGAGGAGUUUGUAUUACUCAAGAUCUGUUUGACUACAAACUUCCAGAUAAAUACUCUAUUCCAUUUGUUAAUCCAUUUUCUUCUUCCAUCAUAAAAGCUUUAUUUACCAUUUUUUAUUGGUAUCUCUAGCUGUGGGGAGAAAGCAAUAUGAAUGUUGUUAAAGGAGCUUGUUUCCUUUGCAUUGCCUACCUGUACCACCCAGGGAAGAAAAGUUAAAGGCUUAUCAGUAAUGUGGUUAUCACAUCAUAUGAAUAAAUUUUUUCCUUCAAAAAUUA